AGCAGCUAUGGCAGAAUGUAAGAGAGCAGCCUCACGGCGCCCUUCUUCAGGAGACGUGACUGCACUGGCACGGGCUCUAUCCCACACGGACCAGUCAGACUCGUUUCAGUCCCAGUCCUCUCUUUACAGAAUGGGAGCCUCUCGGAAAAGAAGAAUCUCAUCAGGUCAAAGCGUGGACUCUACGGAUGUGAAUCCGGGCGCUGAGGCGCGCGUGCUGGUUCUCAACACCGGAGGGACAAUAGGAAUGAUGUACCAUAAUGACGUGUUGUGCCCUGAACCCAACGCCCUGGUUAAAGCUCUGCGCAAACUUCCCAUCCUGCAUGAUGAGCAAUAUGCGCAGCAAACCAGACUCUAUGAGUACUACAGUUCUCCUGAGAACACACUGGUGCUGCCCCUGUCCAAACAGAACAAAAGAAUAGUGUAUACUGUUAUAGAGUAUUGUCCGCUGCUGGACUCCUGCAACAUGACCACUGAUGACUGGGCCACUAUUGGAAAAGACAUUGAGAAACAUUACGAGAAGUAUGAUGGCUUCGUCAUUCUGCAUGGCACUGACACUAUGGCCUACACCGCCUCAGCUCUGUCCUUCAUGUGUGAGCACCUGGGCAAACCUGUCAUCCUCACUGGCUCUCAGGUACCGAUCUUCGAAAUGAGGAAUGAUGGGAGAGCCAACCUGUUGGGGGCGCUGCUGAUCGCUGGGCAGUUUUUCAUCCCUGAGGUGUGCCUUUACUUCCAUUAUAAGCUGUUCCGAGGUAAUCGUGUUACCAAAGUGGAUGCUGGGAGUUUCGAUGCCUUUAACUCUCCCAACCUGGCUCCAUUAGCCAACGCUGAAGUUGAUAUAAAAAUAAAUUGGGACACUGUGUGGAGGGAAAACACAACAGCGAAGUUCAGGGUCAACACACAGAUGAACCGCAACGUGGGCCUCCUGCGUUUGUUCCCCGGGAUCACUGCUGACACUGUUCGAGCCUUCCUGCAGCCACCCAUGGAAGGGAUUGUGCUGGAGACCUACGGCAGCGGGAAUGCCCCUGAUAACCGCACAGACCUACUGGAAGAGUUCCACAAAGCUACGGAAAGAGGAGUUAUCAUGAUCAACUGCACGCAGUGCCUCCGAGGCUCCGUUACCACAUCAUACGCCACUGGCAAGGCCCUGAGCGAUGCUGGAUUGGUACCUGGGGGUGAUAUGACUCCAGAAGCUGCUCUGUCUAAACUCUCCUACGUACUGGCCAAGAAAAACCUCACUACACAAGAGAAAACGAAGAUGUUGAGCCGGAAUCUGCGCGGCGAGAUGAUCGCUCACCUGAAGGGGGCCAAGCUGACACUCAGUGACAGUCGCUUUAUUCAAGUCAUUGCUAAAUCCCUCAGCAUCAGCUGCAAAGAGGAGCUGGAAGCUAUCCGUGAUGCCCUGACCCCCACAUUGGCCUGUGCGGCUGCUAAGAUAGGUGAUGUUGAGGCGCUAGAGGCAAUUAAAGAGAUGGGAGGUAACUUGAGCAUGGAAGACUAUGACGGCCGGACUCCUCUCCAUAUCGCAGCCAGCGAGGGUCACCUCAAAUCAGUGCAGUAUUUACUGAACCAGGGAGCCACGGUCUAUGCCAAAGAUCGCUAUGGGAGCACACCUCUUCUAAAUGCUGUUCAUUUCAGACACAAAGAUGUGGUAAAGUUACUGAGAAAAACAGGAGCCCAUUUUUCUCGUGAUGAAUUGGAACGUGCUGGAACCAAAUUUUGCAGCAUGGCAGCAAGUGCAGACUUGGAAGGCUUGGAGAUUUGGCACAUAGCUGGCGCUGAUCUGACAAUGCCAAGUUAUAAUGGGCAAAUAGCCAUAGAGGUGGCCAUGCAGUUUGGCAAUGAGGAAAUCGUGCAGUUUCUUCAAUGGAUUACUCAGAAUGAAGUAUUCAGCCAGUGUUCAGCUUGUCCAUCGAAGUCCUAAGAAGACUAUCCCACCAGCAUCCUUCCCUUUGUUGCUUUUCAUUUAGUUUAUUUGCAGUGCUGUUACAGCAGAUAUUUUCGCAGUUGUGCUUAAUAAAUCAGUAAAUCAAAGGUUGCAGCAUCAAGAUGGCAGCCUGAGGAAGAACCAUCGAGAGAUCUUGGACAGGGGAACAUCCACCUUGGGUGACCCUAGAUAGUAAAUUUUGCUCAUGAUUAAUUACAGUAUAAUAGCACCCGGGUCACACAGAGUAAACAGUACUGACUGUUCUAGGAAUGUACAGCAUAUUAGGUAAGAAUCUUGUUAGGAGCGAAGCAUAAAACUGUUUUUUUUUCCGUCCCUCCUUUAAGCCUCCUUUUUAUAUAUCUCAUUUGAACCCUUUAAAUUAGAAACUAAGCCAUAUAUCUGUACAUAUACAGGACUAGGCACACAAAUGUGACUACAUAUAUGUUCAGGUAUCAUGAGUGAAUGCCAUUUUAUAUUACUGAGCAAUAAUGGUGGAAAAGCUGACAUCACAUCAGUAUUAGAACGUAAUAGUGAUAUUCCCUGUGUCCAAAAUCACUCCCUACUCACUAUAUAGUGGACUAUAUAGAAGAAGAAGAAAAAGAAGAAGCCUUUGUUUGUCACAUGCACACUCAAGCACAGUGAAAUUCAUCCUCUGCAUUUAACCCAUCUGAAGCAGUGAACACACGUGCACACAUACCCAGAGCAGUGCGCAACCACACUACAGCGCCCAGGGAUGGGGAUAGUGAGGUCGCCAUUUUGUAGUGCUGUCCGAAUGUAUAGUGAGAAUUAUUACACCCUAUAUAGUGCACUCAAAGUAUCCCACAAUGCACCAUGAAAGGUAGUGUACAAUCGAUGGUCACUAACCAAGCAAUAUAUCCCAUCAUACAUUGCGGUCGCGCUGAAAGAAAUCAAAUCAAAAGCCUCAAAUUUGAUUUAAUAAAAGGCAGCAGCAAAGAAGAAAGUAUUCGGCCUUGAUUAAAAAGAACUGAAAGAUACAGCAGACACAAAGUACUUUGUAUUUAUUUUGCAAUGUAGGAAAUAGAUUCAGUAUAAUGUGUAUUUAUCACAAAAAUACAUGCAUUUAUUUAUUAUUUUGAAAACCCACCAGCUGACUGAUCUGGCACAUUUUAAUUGUGUGACAGUAAUGACAUAAAUAACAGCGUGACGGACAAGUGUCUGAAAGUGUUUUUUCAUUUUAUCAAUGAGCUGUCUAUAUAGUCCUCUAUAUAGUAAUUCCCUAUAUAGUAGGGAGUAGUGAACAAGUGAGUGAUUUCGAACACAGGGAUUAUCUCUGAUUUUUUACUUCACAGAGUAGGGUGCAAUAUGUAUUGUACUUUUUAGAAAGUGUUUGAGAGUUAGAGAAGCCCAUGUUUGGGAACGGUUCAAAUAUGCUGUUAAACCAUAUCUUAUAAAAUCAGGUUUGCUUGUCAUCUCAUUAGGAUGCAGGACGUGGAAAGGCUAUGCUGUUAUUUGCAGUAGUCAACAUUGGUUUGACUUUUUGCUAAUUUACCAUCUGCUAAUGUGAACUGCCACAAAAGUGUUGUGUAAUAUUUCAUCACUUUUCAAUUCACAUCAACAUACAAUGUGAUAUGUUUUAAAGAUGCACAAAACUGUAACAUGGCUCGGGUCAUAGCAGAGCUCCUCGCACACACUGUAAAAAAUGAUUUGUUCUUUUAACUUAAAAAAGUUAGUACCCGGGCUGCCUUAAAAUUUUGAGUUGAUUGAAAUUCAUAUAGUAAGUUAAAUUGUUCGCCUCAUUGUGUUAACUUAUUAUAUUAAUUUCAAUUAACUCAAAAUUUUAAGGCAGCCCGGGUACUAUUUUAAGUUAAAACAAUAAAUAAUUUUUUACAGUAUAAUAUAUCGACUUGAGUUUUGAUGGCUUGACCGUACAAUGUCCAUAUGGACGACGUACGUGUACCACCACAGGAAACCUGAUGAUAAGUGCAAGGCAACGCAUCUCAUAAACACCUGACCACUGGACAACGAAAUUUGUAUCUUUAUUUACAUAAGCUAGGUGGGUUUUUAUCCAGGACAUAUUUUUAAUUUUCUUUUCAAAAAAUAACAUGGGAUUAUUUACUAAUACAUUUAACGGAAAAUAUUCACGACAGUUUCAUAUAAAACGAGUUUAAACAGUUGUAUAAGUUCACUAGGUUGUUGGACAGUUGACAGUUUCUGUUAUGCAAGGGGGUAGGUGGAUGUAAGUGCAGGAAGAGUUUUAUUGAAAGCAAACUAGCAAACAGAUUCAAAAUGUAGACAAAGGCAGAGUCGAAAAACAGGCAGUGGUCCAGUGAGGCACAGACAGGAUAUCAGAGGUAAUAUAGUACUCACAGUUCAAAAACACAAACAGCGUCAAAACCAGAAAACGAUACAAAAUACAAGACUUUCGCAAAGUCUGUGUUACUCAGAGUCCUUAUAUGUAUACGCUGUGAUUGAGCUCUAAUCAGGAACAGGUACAUGCUAAUUAGUCCUAAUGGCAUGUGUGUGCUUUGCAGUCUGUUGCUGCACGCUCCGAGCGCCAAAACAUGUGGAACUGAAAGAUGUAACCAGACAACGGUUGACAUAUCAAGUUUGGUAUUCGAUUGUAACUAUUAAUGAUGUAAAGUGAAAGUACUGGUUUACUGCUGUCCACCAGGCACUCAGCAGAGUCACACCAUAAAAAAUGACAUGGUGUUGUUUCUGGCGCAUGGUAUGCAGUGUCAAAGAAAGGAAUAAAUAUGUAUUCGUAACUGCAGUGUGCAUCUCGUUAUUGGUGUCACUGUCACAAGACUAUGCAGCAGUUUACUGAAGUGAAAUGCACUACACUACAUAAUUUGAUGGUUCAUAUGCUAUAAUAAUAUUCUAUCCAGAUUGGUUUUGGGCCCUUGCAAAUAUUUUGCUCAUACACUCAUUAGGAGCUUCGCUUUUAGGCAGUGCCUAAAUAGAUAUAUAAUCUGAAAAUUGAGAAAAUAUAAAUUCAUGUUUUGUAGGAAAGUACUGUAGUACAGUAUAUACAGUAUGAUGAUGAUCAUGAUGAUGUAUCAUAUCUAUCAACUUGAGUUGUGUAUAAGUUGGAAAAUGUAAGUCAAUCUAUUAUGUUUGAUAAGCACAAACAUGGAAAUAAAACAUUUUCAUCCUAA